CUGCAUAUGCAUCUCGGCUUGAGACACGAUCUCUGAGGAACACGAAAUAAUUUUGACCGCUCAGGAAUGCCUGGAUCAGGGAUGAUUUAUCGGCCAGCUCAGCAUAUGCAGAAUAUCGGUCUCUCGCUUAAACCCUCGAUGGAUGAGGCUCUCGGCGUAUUACCUUCAAUUCACGACAUUCCAUGAAAGCCUUGCUGCACAUUCUGAGCGUUAUCCCAUCACAAAACACAUGCCAAGUUAUGCAUGGCUCGACUGGCGG